AUGAAAAGAGUAAUUUUGUUUGUGCUAUGUAGCUUUUGUGUUACCGCCAGUAAGUGGCCAGCUCACACUGACGUCCAAGAUAACGCAAGUUAUGACUACGUCAUAGUAGGCGCCGGCACUGCAGGCUGCAUUUUGGCAUAUCGUCUGUCUGAGCAACAAGGAGUCCGAGUGUUAGCUAUUGAAGCAGGUGGAGAUCCUCCUCAUGAAACGGAUCUUAUAAGUUUGCUGGUGUUGAGAUUGAAUUCAAAUAUUUAUUGGAACUAUGAAACAGAAGAAGGUGAUACAACCCAGUAUCAUAAAAAGAAACAUUAUGAUAUUAGUACAGGUAAAGUGCUCGGUGGAAGCAGUACCAUCAACAAUCUCUACUAUUGUAGAGGUAACCCGACGGAUUAUGAAGCUUGGGUGAAUGCUACAGGCGAUCAAUCAUGGUCUUGGCAAAACUUACUUCCAUAUUUCAAAAAAAGCGAACGUCUUGAAGACGAAGCUAUAAUUAAUUCUAAAACUGGAAGUUUUCAUGGUAAAAAUGGGGAAGUGCACGUAACAAGAGAUCUUCGUAAUACUACUAAGAAAUAUUUAAAAGCUUUUCAUGAAGUUGGUCACAAUAUAGUUGAAGAUGUAAAUGGUGAGGAAUCUUUAGGAUUUUUGGAGCCUUUGUAUUUUUUGUCAAAAGGGGUUCGACAAAGCACUGCACAGUCAUUUUUAAUACCAAUAAAAAAACGUACAAAUUUCCAUUUAAUGAAAAACACUGUAGUAAACAAAAUUCUUUUCGAUGAUAAUAAGAACGCAGUGGGUUUACAAUGUCUAAAACCAGAUGGAAAUAUUGUUAAUAUUUUUGCUCAAAAAGAAGUAAUUAUUUCGGCUGGUGCUUUUAAUACUCCAAAACUUUUAAUGUUAUCAGGAAUAGGACCAGCUGAACACCUUAAAAGUUUGGAUAUUCCCGUGAUUUCUGACUUACCUGUAGGUGAAAAUUUGCAAGAUCAUAUAGCCAUUAUAAUAGCCCACACAUUAGAAGAAACUACAGACACUACAAAACGCAACAAAUCUCGUUUUCCAUUGCCAAGUUUCGCUGGAUAUGGAGCUGUUGAUAAAUCUCAGCACUAUCCAGACUAUCAGAGCUAUAAUCUUAUUGCAAAAAAUAAUCCAUUCGCUUUGCAACUACUUUGUAAAUCAGUUUUUCAUUUGGAUGACAACAUAUGUAAUAAGUUGACUAUCGCGGGCCUUGGCAGAGAAAUUCUUUUGUCAGUAUUCAGCUCUAACGGACUUCAGUCACGUGGGAAGGUUCAGUUACACAGUGCACGUCCUGAAGAUCAUCCAAAAAUUAAUACUGGUUUCUUAUCUAAUGUAGAUGAUUUAGAUAAAUAUGUAACAGGCGUGCAAGAUUUUGAGCGUGUAACUCAGUCUAGUUACUUUCUAAAUGUCAAUAGUGAGACUCUCGAUUUACCCGACUGUGCUCACUUUGAAAAGGGCAGCAAAGAAUAUUGGAAAUGUUAUGUGCUCAAAAUGAUGGACGUGCACUCACUUCCUUGUUGCACAAGCCCCUUGGGGUCGGUAUUGGACUCCAGAUUCCGAGUGAAUGGUGUGAAGAAGCUAAGGGUAGUGGAUGCCAGUUCUAUGCCUAGAAUUAUAUUAGGUGGUUUAAAUGCUGUAGUCAUGGCAAUUGCUGAGAAAGCUGCCGAUUUGAUUAAAGAAGACGAUGCC